GUACCGGUCACGUUCGAUGACAUCUCGGUGUACUUCAACGAGCAGGAGUGGGAGAGGCUGGAGCGCUGGCAGAAGGAUCUGUACCGGGCUGUGAUGAGGGGGAACUACGAGAUGCUCAUCUCCCUGG